AUGUCUAUCGUUUCGUUACUCAACAUUGACGUUCUCAACAACCCUGCGCCGUUCGGCAGCCCCUACGAGUUCCAGAUCACCUUUGAGUGUCUCGAGCCUUUGAAGCAUGACCUCGAAUGGAAACUCACAUACGUUGGUUCGUCCACAUCUUUCGAACACGACCAGGAACUCGACUCGCUUCUGGUGGGCCCGGUUCCCGUUGGAGUCAACAAGUUCGUCUUCACGGCCGACCCACCCACAGUUGACCUGAUUCCCGCGUCCGAGCUGGUUUCUGUCACCGUCAUCAUUCUGUCGUGUUCUUACAACGACCGCGAGUUUGUACGAGUCGGAUACUACGUCAACAACGAGUACGACAGCGAGGAGCUGCGCCUCAACCCCCCUCCAAAGGUGCAGGUGGACCAUGUGGUGCGAAACAUUCUUGCUGAGAAGCCCCGGGUGACUCGAUUCAACAUUGUGUGGGACAAUGAGGGCGAGCAGGGCGAGGAGUUCCCUCCUGAGCAGCCCGACGCCGACCUUGAAGACGAUGAGGAGGAAUAUGGAGCGGGAGAAGAGGAAGAGGAGGUUGAGGAGGAGGUCGAGGGAGAGACUGAGGCUGACGCCAAGGAAGACAUUGAGGCUGAGGGUGAAGCGGAGGCCGAGGGCGACGGCGACGGUGACGGCGACGGAGAGGACGAGGAUCUCGAGGAGGCCUCCGAUGAGGAGAUGGAGGUUGUGGAUGAUGAGGUUGGAGAGGAGUCUGAGGGCGAGGACGACAAGGAAGACAAGGACGACAAGGACGACAAAAAGGACGACAAGUGA